UAACAUACAGAAAAGAAAAAGAAAAGAGUGAAUAAAGAAACAAAGAGAAACAGUUGAAAAAACGAAAGUCAGUAAGAAAGCGAGGAUGAGUCGGAGAGGAGAUGAAGAAUACGAUUAUCUCUUCAAAGUCGUACUCAUCGGCGAUUCCGGUGUCGGCAAAUCCAAUCUUCUUUCCCGAUUCACUCGCAACGAGUUUUGUCUCGAAUCCAAAUCCACCAUCGGCGUCGAAUUCGCCACUCGCACACUUCAGGUUGAGGGAAGAACUGUGAAAUCUCAGAUAUGGGACACUGCUGGACAGGAACGUUACAGAGCGAUUACGAGCGCCUACUAUCGCGGCGCACUCGGAGCUCUUCUUGUAUACGAUGUCACUAAACCUACUACAUUUGAAAAUGUUUCUAGAUGGCUGAAGGAGCUUCGCGAUCAUGCUGAUGCUAACAUUGUGAUUAUGUUGAUUGGCAAUAAAACCGAUCUCAAGCAUCUCCGUGCUGUUAACACGGAAGAUGCUCAGAGUUAUGCGGAGAGGGAGGGUCUUUCUUUUAUCGAGACUUCAGCACUAGAAGCGACUAAUGUGGAGAAGGCGUUCCAGACAAUUCUCGGGGAGAUAUACCGGAUUAUCAGUAAGAAAUCGCUGUCGUCUUCCAGUGAUUCUGCUGCUGCUGCUGCCAAUGUUAAAGAAGGUAUUAUGAAGAUGAUUCAAAAUGGUGAAGUUCAUGUAUAAGCAAAGCUGCAAGUCAAUUAAGUAGUUGUUUAGUUUUGAUGAUGACAACACUUAAUAUCAAAUGAUAUCCAGUGAAGUCAAUAUCUGUGGAAGAUAGCUCAAGUGGUCAAAGAUGAUUAAGAUAAUUGAAUAAGAUAUCCUCUUGAAUCAAGUUUCGUGCUUGAAGAUCAAGACAUAUAUUUGAAAUCAACAUUAUGGUCAAACGACAUUCAAGUGAAGACUUCUAUCUUUAGGAUCAAUCUUGGUUUAUAUUCUCAACUCUCAGAUGAUGGUAUUCAAUAUUGAGAUAUCUUAAGCCUUACUAAAAAGAAUCAAUGCUCUUGUAUGAUGCUAAAGUCAAAGAU